GCGGGGCGCGGCUUGCAGCGUCUUUGGUAACCCGGACCGCUGUGAAGGAGAGGACGAAGGGCAGUGAGCGUUGGGCUGCCUGGGUGGGGACUGCAGAGGUACUCCGGGGUUCCCAAUCGGGUCCCGGUGGCCGGAGGAGGAGGAGGAGGACGGCAGCCCUCACUCCAGCUGAGAGGUAGCGGACGUCGUUGGGUGCACCUGAAGGACGGGGACAAGGACCAGACGCGGUUCCGGAUGCGGGCGGAGGGGAAAUGACUGCUGGUUCAGUGUGUGUCCCUCAAAUUAUUCCCCUGCGGGUGCCUCAGCCUGGAAAAGCCAACCAUGAAAUUGAUAACAAUACGCUUUUGGAAAUGAAAUCAGACACCCCAGAUGUCAACAUAUAUUAUACCCUGGAUGGCAGCAAACCUGAAUUCCUAAAGAAAAUUGGUUAUGGUGAAAACACUACGUUGAAGUAUACGAAGCCUAUUACUUUGCCUGAUGGAAAAAUACAAGUUAAAGCUAUCGCAGUGUCUAAAGACUGCAGACAGAGUGCCAUGGUAACAAAGGUGUUUCAGGUGGACUAUGUACUGCCAGAUACAGUCCCCUCAGAAGACGAUGUGGAAAAUGUUCUCAGAGACCCUCCAGAGCAGGAACUGAAAAAUGGAUUUGUUGAAUCAAAAGGGAGGAAGAAAUAUAAGAAUGUUGAAAAUAAACUGGGUUGGAAUGUUAACCUUGGAAAGUUUCCAGACGUGGGUGAAAGAACUGACCCUAAAACUUUGAAAGAUCUUCGGUUCUCAGAAAGCCCACGGGAAACCCCAGCUUUCCGUGAAGAAUCAGGCUCUCGACCAGCCACCCAGCAGCCCCAGUUCCCUGGUUUUGCACAUAUAACUGGCCAGAAGAGUUUGACAAGCACAGAGAUCAUGAGGAUUCAAAGGGAGACAGACUUUCUCAAGUGUGCCCACUGCCUUGUGCCCCGCCCGUCUGACCCCUUUGCCCGCUACUGUCUAGAAUGUGGCUCUUCUGUGCCGCCCAUAUUUGGCUGUCGUCUCCCACCCCCGGAAGGAGCUCAGAUGGGCUUAUGUGCAGAAUGUGAAAACCUGGUGCCCAUGAAUACGCCCAUCUGUGUGGUCUGUGAGGCUCCUCUCACUCCACAGCUGCAGCCACAGGCCAACCUCCGCUUGAAGGAGAAAGUAAUCUGCCGCACCUGCGGCACAGGGAACCCUGCUCACCUGAGAUACUGUGUCACCUGUGAGGGGCCCCUGCCUUCAUCACAAGAGCCUGGCGCUGCAACUUGCUACUCCAUUUGUUAUAAAUGUGGAGCCAGCAAUCACCCAUCUGCACGAUUCUGUGGCUCCUGUGGUAUUUACGUGAAGUCCUUGGCAAGACCUAGUGUGGAGAAUAGCUUGGCUCCAGCUGCUGGAGAACCUGGCCCUUUUGCUGAGCCUCGAUCUGCCUGGCAGCCCCUAAAUGUUCCUUUGCUCAAGCCUGAUGCUGGGCCUAAGAAGGAUGUGGGCACACAGACCACUGGCCUGUUCUACCCAUCUGGGACCCUCCUGGCAAAAAAAGAACUGGAAAUGGCUUCUCAGAAGCAGAGGCAGGAGAAAAUGAGUGACCGUAAACCUCUCCUCACAGCCGUCAGCCCAGGGAGAGGAUACUGGAGAAAACAGGUGGACCAUAUCUCUGCUCACCUCCGGUCUUACGCUCAGAACAACCCUGAAUUCCGGGCCUUGAUUGCAGAGCCCAGGAUGGGAAAGCUCAUCUCUGCUACCGUCCAUGAGGAUGGCUAUGAAGUUAGCAUCAGGCUGAAUUAUAUUCAAGUCUCAAACAAGAACCUUUACAUGAACAAGGCGGUGAAUUUCAGCGACCACUUUCUGAGCAGUAUCACCGAGGGAGGGAACGGGCUGUUCGGCAGCGGGUCCAACCUGGUGAGUGACUACAGCCAGAGCACCCCAGACACCACAGAGAAAGUCACAAGGACCAAGAAUUUCAAGACCAAAACAUUUCAAGAGAAGAAACAGCAGCUUACGCCUGAAAACAGGCUUCUGCUGAAGGAAGUCGGACCAGCAGGGGAAGGAAGAGUGUCUGUGAUGGAACAGCUAUGUGAUGAAGGAGCAGAUCCCAACUGCAGUGACAACAAAGACCAGCCCGUUCUGAGCCUGGCGGUCACGAACAAGCACCAUGAAGCGAUCCCGGUUCUCGUGCAGAGGGGAGCGGACAUGGACCAGCAGUGCGGCCCGCUCCAAAAUACAGCUCUUCAUGAAGCAGCUCUGCUUGGCCUGGCAGGAAGGGAGUGCAUUGCUGCCUUACUGGGAUGCAACGCAAGCGUUCAGAAGAAGAACGCAAGAGACCAGACAGCGUAUGACCUGGCCCUGGAAACUGGGGAUGACCCCGUCAUCUCACUCUUUGCUGCUAAGCUCAGCCUGGAUGACCAUUAGCCCUGAGGGCCCCGCAGGCUUCCUUUAAAGAAACCAUCCAGCUCUGGCGGUGCUUUGUUCUCUUCCUUCUGAAAUGCGUAUUUGAGGUUUGAAAACUGAGCUCCAGAGGCACUCAUAAGCUUUUUUUUUUUUUUAACAUCUUUAUUGGAGUAUAACUGCUUUACAAUGGUGUGUUAGUUUC